AUGUUUUCAUCCAAAAAAGAUAUUGAUCGCCACGUGAAAACGUCGCUAAACAAGCUGCCGGAAAAUGAGCGCUAUCUCCGGGGACUGGUAAUUGCAAGACAGUACUUUAAGCUGAAUGAAUAUGCGAGCGCCGAGCAUUGGCUGUCCUGUUACUUGUCGGUGCAGGAGGACAGUGCCCCGGCACACAAGCUGCUGGGUCAGUGCUACGAGAAACAGCGCAAGUAUGACCGGGCCGUCACGUCCUACCAGCGCUCGUUGCAGCUCGACUCCAAGCAAACCGGGCUGAUCACCGACGUCUGCAAGCUGCUGCUGGCGGAUGACAAUCUAAGCAAGAACUUGGCCAAGGCAAAGCAUUGGUGCGAUCUGGCCGAGUCCGAGCGCAUCAACCACGAGGCCGUGUUGAAUCUAAAGUUGAAGGUGGCCAACAAAGAUACCAACGGCACCGAUCAGCCGCUGGUCAAGGACAUCAUACUGCGGGAAAUAAUCGCCCGGCCGCUCGAGCCGGCGCUGCGUGUUCGGCUGGUCGACCACUUCCUCGAGGAGCGCAAGCUGGACGAAGCUUUCAAGUACUGUUUCGAUUUGGAGAUGAAAUUUUCCGAAACCUUUCUCCAGUCGACAGAGUGGACCAAUGGCGUCGCCAAGAUGCUGUCCAAGUACACGGAAUCAGGAAUGGCCGGUGGUGGUGUGGCGCCCAAAAAUUGGCACUACUAUCUGUUACAGGCGAUCGUGCUCGAUCGGCAAAUCUAUCUCAGCCUACUGGCCGACUCGACCAUGGAAUCGAUCAAGCGAAGCAACCUGAAGGAAAUCGCGCACAGGCUGUACGACCUCGAUCAGACGCUGCGCCAAGUGGCGGACAAGGGACGGAACGCUGCGCCCCAGGCGCAGUUGGCCGAUGAGUACCUGCGCCACUAUCGCGGCCAGCUGCUGCUCUAUUCGGCUUCACUGUUGUUCAAGGGUGCGCAGGAUGCGGCCACCGGUUCCGGUUCGGUGCGUGCCCGAGAUACGACGCGAAAGUGUCUCGCGUUGCUACUGCUGGCCUAUCAGUGCAGCGUACCGAACCCGGACGAGGUGUGGCUGAAGCAGAGCAACGAGGUAGCGCGCCAGGUGAUGGCUUUCUGGAACAAACAGGCCGCCUUUCGGUGUUGCCAAGCCGGUGCUACGGUGCUGUCGUGCGUCGACGAAAGUAUGGACGCAUCGGUGCUGGCCCAAAUACAGAGCGUCACCGAGUCGAAAGUCUGGACGACGGUCGAUGAUCUCAUGAAUCAGAUCCGACAACUGUGUUCCGAUUCGGGCUGGAGAAAAACCGUAUUUCGUUCGCUGCAUCCAUCGGGCGAUUCCGGUUCGAAGGCAUCGGCCGCUUCCUACUUUGUGCAGAACGGAACCGCGUUUGGUGAACCGCAGUACGUGCUGCCGAAACGGGAGGAACUCGACCUGUACCUCGAGCUCGCCCAGUCCCUGUUUCCCUCGUCGUUGCCGUACCUCGUGUAUCUGGGGCUUGCGAUGGGUACGGAAAACUUGGCCGAUCUGCGCUGCCGAGCGUUUCCGAGGCUGAACUUUUCCACCAACAACCUGGACAACUGCAACCUGGAAACACUGAACCAGCUCGAUAUGGAUUCGUUCCUGUACUGCUCCAUUUUGGUGGCGCGCAGCAACCUGGACAGCGAGCGUCACCAUCAGCAGCAGCACCGCUUGGGCAGUGGGACCGAGCGGCCCGCUUUCCUGCCGGCGGCCAAUCUCAUACCGUUGCUGUGCGAAGAAAACAAAAUCGACUGGUGGAGCACGGCGUACCAUCUGAUCCGCAGCAGCACGGCGAAGGAUGCGGCCCUGAGCGUGGCCGAGCAGAAGCAGCUGCUGCAGCACGGUCUGCAGGCGGUUCGCGGAACCGGCGCGCCACUCAGCGAUGCGAUUGUGUUGCUUCAGUUAGGGCAAAUUCUUGCCAAACGCGCGACCGCUGGCGGAUCGUUACUCGCGCCCGAGGAACGGCGCCACGUUGAGGGUCGGGCCGAGGCCUGCUACCGUGCCGGGGUGCUCCUGUGGAAGAUCCGGACGGAAUCGAGUGCUCCUCCGGCGUCGACCAUGUUCUUCCGCUAUGGGUUCGAGUCGUACGAGUGCCAACAGGAGACGGUAAAGCUGGCCGAAACCGCGGUCACCUUUCUGGCCGGCAGCUACUUCAAGCACGGCCGGCACCUAGAGUUUACGCAAGAUUUUGCCGGUAUUGCGCUCCCGUUUGCGGCCUACUUCCGGGCGGAAGCGUUCAAGAAGCUGGACGAAUCGAACCAUACGCCGCUGAAAGUGAAGAAAAUGUACGCCGAGCGGGCCCGGGAGUGCAUCCGGCAGACCCAGCAGUACCUUGGGCUGCCGUACGUUGACCGCAACCAUCCGCUUAACCACGUGGUGGCGAGCGAAAUGAAGCGUUUGUGCUUCGCCAACGAUUCGUUGGAUGGCACACUCAACACAUCGGCCAACGGUGCCGGGGGAGCUGGAGACGAAAGUGACCACUUCCAGUCGUUCACCUCCGCGAUGACGGUCGGUGGCAACGGUAGCAGUGUGAUCCGUUCCGAGCGGGAAACGGUGACGGCGGUGGCGACGGCCGCCGCAACCGCGUGUCUCUCGAAGACCAGUGAACUGGAGUCACUCAUCCGGCAGAUGAUGGAGACGCUUACGUUCGUGAAGGAGGACGUGCUAAGCAUUCGCAACGACAUGGGCGACAUGCAGGAUCGGUUGGUCAAAAUCGAGGAGAACAUCUACCGCAAACCGACCGAAGCGGGGACAACCAAAGUGGGCGGCGGUGGGUCUGGCACCGUCACUGGCGGCGAUGAUCCGGCGACCGUAAGUGCGACGGCAGCAGCGGCCGCCGCAGCACUGCAAGCCAUGAACGAAAUGUAUCUGAUGGAUGAGCUGCAGAACUCGGCCGCGGCCGCAGCCGUCUACCACCAUCAGGUGCAGGCAGCGGCGGCAGGUCGUACACCCGGAAUGGGAUUAUCACCGCAGCCAGCACUACCGUACGCGGCCCUCUAUGGAGCAGCGGCCUAUCCGGCGUACUUGGCGCAACAGACGCCGCCAUCGCAUCAGGUUCAGUCGCAACACCAGCAGUCCCCGGCGCAACAGCAGCAAAUGCUAACCGCUCGUGGUCCUCUUGGAGUGCCCGUUGGAGCUUCGCCGCUACACGGCUAUCAGCAGUCGGAACAGUUGCUGGCAGCGGCCAAUUCGCAGGCAGCCGCUGUGGCCUACCAUUCGCUUCCACCGAACUAUCCGCAACCGCCAUUGGUCGUUCCACCGGUGAUGGCGCCGGGUGCCGGGGGCACUGGCACUGGUUUGUCGAUCGAACAGUCUCUGCAAACACCGUCACUGCUAACGAGCUGGAACAGCGCGUACAACGGGGCACCGGCGACCUUUACAAACCCGUCGGUGGCGGGCCCAAUCACACCACCGGCCACUGUUUCUUCCCAUCAUGCCAGCCAUCAUGCGCCGGCAGAGAAGGGUGGCGCUCCGGUGAAUGUGGUCAUCACCAGCUCGGACCCAUUGCCACCGCGGGGUCCACCGGCACACAGCUCUUCAUUCGCAGCCGGCGGCUCAGUCACGCAACCGACGUACAGUGUGACGAUUCCGCCACAGCACAUCAAACACAGUGCCACGGGUGGAAGCAUCGGACAGGGCACGACGGCGGCCUCCACUGCAAAGCUGGAAGCGAUCUCACCUCCGAUGGCGAAGCCUCUAGCGGCCACCGCCGUUGUCGCUGCCGCCAACAACAACACAUCUUCUCCAUCGUUCUUUGCACAGGCCGUGAGUUCUUCGCCGACGGUUAAAUCCUUGCUGGCCGGAGGUGGCACUGGGAACGCGGGAGCCAACAAUAACGACGAUGAGGAUGAUGAUGUAAAAAAUAUUUCCGGCAGUGUCGAGUAUGAUCCGCGGCCCGAUUUCCAGCCCAUCAUUCCGCUUCCGGAUGAGAUCGUGGUGCGGACGGGUGAGGAGGACGAGGAACAGAUUUUCAGCGGCCGCUCCAAGUUGCUCCGUCUGGUCGACCGGGAGUGGAAAGAGCGGGGCUUGGGAGAGCUUAAGAUUCUCCGCUCGAAGGCCGACGCGGCCAAGUACCGGAUCGUGAUGCGCCGGGAGCAGAUUCACAAGAUUUGCGCCAACCACUACAUCACGCCCGAGCUCAUCAUCAAGCCGAUGGAGAAGCGCAAGGAGUGCUACAUCUGGGCGGCGAUGGACUUUGCCGACGAGGCGCCCCGGAAGGAAUCGUUCUGUGCCCGGUUCGGUACGGCCGAGCUCGCGAAACAGUUUCACGACGCGUUCGUCGCGGCUCGCGAUGAGGUUGCCCGUUUGAGGGCGAGUGACCCCGGUACUGCGGCAGCACAACCACCACCGGCGACCGUUCCCACAGGCUUUGCUUUCAGUGCACCCAAGGCGACCGCAGCGACCACGGCCACGACGGUAGUCACGCCAAAGAAGGACCCCGUCGCUCCGUUCGGAGAGUUUACCUUCGCGAAGAACUACACACCGCCAACCGUCGUCACGGGAGCGGGGAAAGGAACUGGAGUGAGCGAACCGGCGGCCACUCAAGGUGCUGCCAGCAGCAAACCGAGCCCGUUUGCAUCGUUCACGUUCAAGGCCCAGACGGCGGGCGCUCCGACCGUCGAGGGCAUUUCGUUUGGCGCUGUGGGAGCUGCGGCCAGCAAACCGGCCGCCAGUGGGUUCGGCGAUGCUUUCAAACCCAAAUCGGGUACCUGGGACUGUAGCGGGUGCUACGUAAACAACAAAGCGGACGCCAGCCACUGUCUGGCCUGUAACGGACCAAGGGAUCCUUCCAAGCCGGACGAGGGUUCCGCAGGGAAACCGAAGGCUGGAGGCUUGUUUGACAAUCUGGCCACGGCGGGAGGAGGCAACAAGUUCACGUUCGGUAUGCCACAGUCAGCGCUGGGUACGCCACCGGCACCGAUUACCUUCGGUGUCGCUCCCGCGGUCGCCGUCACCAAGAAGCCACCGGUCGAGCCGGAUUCGGCAAAGACAACCACCGGAUUUGGUGAUAAGUUUAAACCGAAACCCGGCGCAUGGACCUGCGGCGGUUGCUAUCUCUCGAACGGGGCCGACGUACUGUACUGCGCCAGUUGCGAAAGCCCGAAAGACGACACGGUGCCGAAAAAGUCCGCCUCCGGUGGCGGCGAUGUUGGCGGUUUACUGAAGGCAGCCGACACGAUGCCCAAGUUUAACUUUACCGCUGGCGGUGGCUUUACGUUCGGUGUUCCUACCGCACCCGCCCUAGUCGCCACUGGCACAUCGAACGUUCCCUCGAGUACGACCACUUCUUCGGCGCAACCCCCCGCACCGGCCGUCUUCGGGUCUGCGGCCGGUUCCGAAGGGUUCACGUUCGGGGCAAGUCCUCUGAAACCACCGCGUGGCUCGCAACCAUCGGCGGAACCGGUCGCGAAACCGGUGUUCAAGUUCGAGCUUCCCACACCGGCCGGUGGACUGUCGUUCGGUUCGAAGCUGACCGCUCCGACCGUCGCCGUCGCGGAAAAGGCAUCAACAACGGGGACGGGCGUGGAAACGAUGAGCCCGGCGUCGAAGGUGGAACCACCGGAGAAGGCCACCUUUGGGUUUGUGUUUAAACCGAAAUCGCCCGGUCGUACACUGAGCACCAGCUCGGGCGGUGCUGCCGAUGGUGCCGAUGAUGAUGGCACCGGUGUUGCAGGAGGUGACAGUAGCAUUACAGAGGAGGAAAACAACACCUACUUCGCGCCGGUCAUUGCGCUGCCGGAUAAGGUCGACGUGAAGACGGGCGAAGAGGACGAGGAUGUCCUGUACUCGCACCGGGCCAAGUUGUACCGAUUCGUCAGCUCGGAGUGGAAAGAGCGCGGUAUUGGCGAUGUGAAAAUAUUGAAGCACAAAACGACGGGAAAACUGAGGAUGAUCAUGCGGCGUGAGCAGGUGCUAAAGAUCUGCCUGAACCACGCGCUGACCGAGGACGUGUGCUACUCGAAGAAGGACGACAAAUCGUGGCAGUUUGUGGCGAACGAUUUCUCCGAGGGCACGUUCGAGUUGAUGAACUUUUGUUUGCGCUUCAAAUCCGUAGACAUUGCGCAGGAGUUCCGCGAUGCGAUCACCGAUGCGCUGAGCGGAAAGCUCACCCCGAGCGGCGGUGCCGAUGGGUCGCCCGGCACGGUGCCGGUACCUGGCGAGCCGCGGGAUAGCACAAUAAACAGCACCACGUCCCCGUCGGGUGAAUUCAAUUUCUCCAAACUGAGCGACAUAUCGUUGAACGAACGCGAAACGCUCGAGAAGCUGAAGCUACCGGCCAACUUUCUGGACGCUCCGACCGUCGCUUGCAGCGGUUGCCGGGGCUGUAAUGUAGAGGCGUUCACGUUUCCGGUCGUCGACGGUAACAAGCUGACAGGCGAAUCCCCGGAUGAUAGUCCGCUACCGAUCGACAUCCGGAACGUGGUGCCGCUUCCGUCGCAACACUCGACACCGAAGAAAACCGUGAGCUUUGGGGCCACUCCCGUCGGCCCCGGUGUCGGUAAUCUGUUUGGUAGUUUGACGUUUGGAGUGCCACCGGCAACAACUGGAGGGGUCACCGGAGGAUUCCAGCUUCCAGCCAGCACCACCACGAUGACGACGACGACGAGCAGCUUCCUAGCGGCAGAGCAGAAAGUAUCGGGCACCAUGAAACCUGCACUGACACCAUUCCUUGCACCGAAUACGAUCUUUGGUGGUGGACAACCGGCUGCUGCUGGUGCUGCACCGACCACCGGCGAAGCACAAGCCGCAGGAGGUAAUAAGCUGAUUUUCGGAAGUUCCCAAAGUGGCGUUGGCUCUGCCUCGGGUGGUGCUGGUGGUGGUUCCAUCUUUUCUGCCUCCCUGAACACCACACCAAAGACAUCGUUCGUGCCAGCACCGCCAUCGUCUACCGCCGCCGCCGCCACUGUGCCGCCUACCGAAACGAGUUCCACCACGACGGAGGACGAUAAGAGCGCUUCCGAUGUGGGUGCCACAACGAACACCCCGACACCGUUGAUACAGCAGGGCUCCCUAAGCACACCCUCGCCGGCUGAAGCGGGGGGCAAGCUAUUCGGCGCCAUCAGCUUCGGAGGUGGUGGUACGAUGACGACGCCGCCGGCACCGUUCGGAUCCGUCGGCAGCACAAAGAGCAUCUUCGGGGGUACCACAACCAGUGCUCCGUCUACCGGUACUCCUCCGUCGAACCUUUUCGGCAGUGUGGCCUUCGGUGGCUCUGGUGGCGAUUCGACGCCAAAGUCCAUUUUCGGUGGCACCGUUGGUACUAACGCGUUCUCGUUCGGCGGUCCUGCCAAGCUGCCCGAGGGAAAGGUAGCGCCUACGUUUAUAACCCCCACGGCAAAGGACGCUCCGCCAGUGCUCACGAUGGACGGCGGUGUGAGCUUUGCCGAUCUGGCCAGCAGUAGCCCUGCGGGUAGCUUUGGUAGUUUCAAAAAGUUCGACGACACCAAACCCGGCACUGGUGGUGCCGGCUUCGUGGGGCUAACGGUGAAGGAAGAUUACUUUUCCCGUUCGGCCGCCAGCAAACUCAACAGCAGCGCGGACGGUGCCCGCAAUAAUGGCAACGCGAACGCGGACGGUACCGGUGCCGGUGGCGGCGUCGGAGAAACGGCAGGGGAUGAAAACUACGACCCGUACUACGCACCGGUGAUACAGCUGCCGGAUGAGAUUGAGGUGCGCACGGGCGAAGAGGAAGAGACCAAACUGUUCGGCGACCGUGCCAGGCUGUAUCGAUACGAUUCCGACACGAAGGAAUGGAAAGAGCGAGGUGUUGGCGAGCUCAAAAUUCUGCACCACCCGGUGCGCAACACGUACCGGUUGCUGUUGCGUCGCGAGCAAAUCUUCAAGCUCGUCCUCAAUCACGCCAUCAGCGCCGAGCUGGCCGUGACGCCGAUGAACAACUCGGGCAAAGCGUUCGUAUGGGGCGCACUGAACCAUGCCGAUGGUGCCGCCCAGCUGGAGAAGCUGGCUGUGCGCUUCAAGAACGAAACGAUCGCCGACGAGUUCCGGCGAACGCUGGAGAGCUGCCAGGAGAAGCUGCGUUCCCGGCCCGAUCUCGAGCCGGAUCAGGACUAAUAGUGGGCGCAUAAUGGACGAUGAGAGAGAGCGAGGACCGUUGUUGGGACCCUUAUGCUACGCACUCAACCCCCCGGACAGAGGAAUCUAUCACACCCGUUUAGCGUGCGUUUUAUUUAUAAGCUUGUUUGGUGGGCCCUAUCGCCACGCUCUGUGCGUCGUGCGCUGCACCCGUUAUUUUGCUAAGCCGCCGCCGCCGUAUCAAGAAGACAACUUAGCGUAGAAGGUGCGAUCCAGUUACAAUUUCCGGUUGCCGUUCUAGGGUAGCAACGGGGGUCGUGCAGCGCUCGACGGGCGUUUCUUACAUUGAUCAAUAAGACAUU